CUGUUCCUCGUCUUCUUCGCUUGUUUCUCUGUCCUCCAUGGUGUCAUUGUAGGUCCUUUUGAGGUUGGCUAUUCAAAAAUUAAGAUAUGUCUGGGUACACGCCGGACGAGAAGCUCCGUUUCGAGCAGCUUUCUAAGCUCCGCAGGCAAUGGCUGAAGGACCAGGAGCUCAGCCCGAGGGAGCCCGUGGUACAAGCCAAAGCUCCCGGCCCCGUCGCCAGGUUCUGGGCUGGUUUUCUGGAGCCCAAGAGCCUGUGGAGGCUUUACACCUACAAAGCAUAUAGAGGUGGAGUUUUCACAAUAACUCGACUGUUGAUACCUGCUUGGAUUGUUCACUACUGUGUGAAAUACCAUAUUGCUCAAAGGCCUUAUGGUAUCGUGGCGCUGAAACCCAAGCUGUUCCCUGGUGACACCAUUCUGGAGACAGGCGAAAUGGUUCCAGAUCUCCCUGAGACCCAUGGUCAUCACUGAAGUUGAAAUCAAGAAUUUCUUUGAGGUUCUCUUGUAAAAACUGUUUAUAUGCCAAUAAAAUAUUACAUUGUCA